UACAAGCUUUGUGAUUCAGGAUGAAGUAAAAUAGCUUUGCCUUUCUUAUUCUGUCGAAGCAGCUGCCCAGAGACUCACCCCAGGAGAAGUAACUUUACCUCUCUGGACCUUAGAUUUCCCAUCUUUUCAAUAAAGGAGUUGAUGGUUGAUGUCUAAAUUCUCAUCCACCACAGACAUGUGGGAGUCUGCGAGCCUCAUUGUCCUCUGACUUUUCUACUCGAGUGUCCAGCACAGAGAUAGUUAGAGGUUAAGGAUCUCUUCAAAGGAGAGUUAACACAGAGCUGAGAAUCACCUGCAGCAGGUUUGUAGCCUUGCAAUACUCCUCUCCAAGAUUUUCGAAGAGGGAGGUUGCAGCAGGGUCUCCUGUCUUGAAUCUUCUCCCUCGCUGGGCCCAAGGUCUCUGCAGCGCAGCUCUGUGGGUCUCUGGGACACUCAGCUCUCUACACAAUCCUCAAAGCAGAGUAAGCCAGGACGCUGCACCUAGCUAGAUUUCUCAUAGUCCUGCCGCUACCCCUCCUCAAGGUCCCUCUUAAUUUCCACUAUUUCCACUUCCAGAGAUCCCUCCAGCUGAGCCAACACUUUGCACCCCUUGCUCGGAGCUCUUCGAACCAAGACUGCCCAGUAGCAGGGCGUUCUCCAGGGACGUCCCAGACUUCAGCCCUACCUCGCUGCCCUAGCCUUUUCAGUUCGCCGCCCUGCACACCCUGCCCCGCCCAGGAUGCAGACAUUGCCUCCCCCCACCGCCCAAAAACUCCCUCGAUGUUUUCAGGGUGCACUCCUUCACGCAACCACGCAAGGAGACCUCCCCUCUCUCACCUCCCCAGCAAAAUGAGAGCCGAUUAGCAAGCAGGGCACCUGGCCCGGCGGAGCUAUCCAGUAUCCAGACCAUCCCUCUGCUGGGCAGGGGCGGAGAAGGCACCGGACUCGUGGGGCUCCGGGCACACUCUGCUCCGACCUGUAGCUGUAUGGAGAGGCCGGAUCACUAAAUAAUCUCACGCAGGAAGCCAGGACCAAAGCACUUGACAGUGCACCUCCAGUCCGAAGACGCCCCAAGCUCUCACCCAGACCCUGGGACCCCGAGUCCUGGGCGCUGUUAGAGCCCCGCACCUCGCACCGGAGCUCCAGCAGCCCCUCACGCUCCUUUCCUACCGGGUCUAAGGAGGGGCACGCGGGGGCCAGAUAGGCAGUGCCCGCCCUCCCCCUUCCCUCCCGCCUACCCGGCCCGCUCAGCGCAGCGCUGCGCUUGGAUUCCAGGAGACAAGCGCCCGCGCUGUGUGUCCCUGGCGUCCUCAGUCCUGCCCCCGCGAAGUGGAGAUGUACGAGAGGCAGGCGAGGGCACGCAGCUCCUGAGACGUCGUGCCAGCAGGCACCAUGCACCUACGGCCGCUGCCUCUCGUCGUGGUCCCUGGCUUGUUGCAGCUGUUAUUUUGUGACAGUAAAAAGGUGGCACAUGCCACAGAGGGGCUGGAUUGGGAAGACAAAGAUGCUCCAGGGACACUGGUAGGGAAUGUGGUUCACUCAAGGAUCAUCAAUCCUCUGCGCCUGUUUGUUAAACAGUCUCCAGUCCCAAAGCCUGGACACGUGGCCUAUGCGGAAAGCCUGGAAGACUUCUGGGACUGGCUGGCCAACAUCACGGAGGUUCAGGAGCCAUUGGCAAGAACUAAGCGGAGGCCCAUAGUAAAAACAGGAAAAUUUAAGAAAAUGUUUGGAUGGGGUGACUUUCAUUCCAACAUUAAAACUGUUAAACUCAACCUCCUGAUCACAGGGAAAAUUGUCGACCAUGGAAAUGGAACCUUUAGUGUUUAUUUCCGACAUAAUUCCACAGGCCUGGGCAAUGUUUCAGUAAGUUUGGUACCCCCCUCCAAAGUGGUGGAAUUUGAAGUUUCCCCACAGUCUUCCUUGGAAACCAAGGAAUCCAAAUCUUUCAAUUGUCGCAUUGAGUAUGAAAAAACAGAUCGGGCGAAGAAGACUGCCUUGUGCAACUUUGACCCAUCGAAGAUCUGCUACCAGGAGCAAACUCAAAGUCAUGUGUCUUGGUUGUGCUCCAAGCCCUUCAAAGUCAUUUGCAUUUACAUUGCCUUUUACAGUGUUGAUUAUAAACUUGUGCAAAAGGUCUGUCCUGACUAUAACUACCAUAGUGAGACUCCUUACUUAUCUUCUGGCUGAAUCUUUCCACAGUGGUAGAAAUGAGGGACCAAUGUAUAUUUAAAUAGAAUGACCAACAACAAAGCCCAGCUGUUCAUGGUAAAGGAUCCCUUUUGUUUCUGGCAGUGAACCCUAGUUCCCUAAUAGGUUUAUGAAUUUAAAAAAAGAAAAGUAAAAGAAACCUCUAAAUGUGAAGUGUGUUUGUUUUGAUCAUAAGUACCUUAAUGUAAAGAAUCAAACUGUUUAUGAAGCUACCACUUUCAUGUAGGAUGGCUAAGUUCUCAGAAUGUUGUUUCUCUAAAAGAAGCAUCAGUGGAAGCAACUUGUAACAAGGAAGAAUUGAAUUAUGCAUGUGAUAAACAAUGCUCUUGAAAUGAGCCUGCCUUGAAAUAUGUUUUGGAAGCUUACCCUAAAAAUAGCAGAUUCAGUAAAGUAACUGAAAAAAUUCUCUUUGAUGAAUUUCAUUUCAAGUUCUUUUUUAUUGCUAUCAUUCUCCCCACAUUUGUGCUGUUACUGAUAUGAGAGAUGAAGGGGUAAAAUUUGUUUCAAAACUUGUGUGUGAAGUUUCAGUGCCACAGUAGAACUAAACACAUCAUUAUCUGAGCUCAAGUUCAGCGGAUGUGAUUUAAACACUAAGCCCUAUGUUGGUCACCACCCUUAUAAGUCUCAUCUGAGGAGUAAUAUUGGUGUAUUGGG